AUGGCUCUUAUGUUGGAGGAUCCCAAUGCUUUUAUAAUUCCUUGUACCAUUGGAAGUGCCGAUUUUGCUAAAGCCCUUUAUGAUCUCGGGGCGAGUAUCAAUUUUAUGCCCUAUUCAAUAUUCAAAACUUUGGUGAUUGGGAAACCAAAACCCACAUCUAUGAGGUUGCUAAUGGCUGAUUGCACCACGAAGAGGCCAUUGGGAGUGAUUAAGGAUGUUUUGGUUUGGGUUGAUAAAUUUAUUCUUCUAACGGAUUUUGUGAUUCUAGAUUCUGAAGUUGACUAUAAAGUGCCUAUCAUUCUUGGGAGGCCUUUCCUUGCUACGGGUAAGUCCCUUUGUAAUGUGAAAGCCGGAGAAUUCACUUUCUGGGCUUGUGAUGAACAAGUGGUAUUCCAUGUGAAACGACAACCAAAUAGUAACGAGGUGUGCAUUUUUGUGGACUUAGUGACCGGUGUCAAUAUUGAUAACACAAGUGCUAUAAUCACUGUUGGGGAUACGUUGGAAGCCAUUUUUCUUAUCUUGGACAAUGAUGAGAUGGACGGUUUCAUGAAAUGUGUGAAUUCAUUGCAAGGAAUGGGAUCUUACAACUAUGCACCCAUAAAGUUCUCAUUGGAUCUUAAGAAUAGGAAGACUCUUCCUAUAAAGCCUUCGAUUGAAGAGCCACCAUCCAUGGAGUUGAAACCAUUGUCACCUCACCUUUGGUACCAUGGUUCAUGGAUUUUGAAAAUUUCUGGAGAGUGGUAUAAUUCCGGAUGA